AUGAGUGGACCAAACACGUUUGAGGUGCUUUUCAUCUCCAUCAGCCACAGCAUCACUUUAAUGGGGAAGGUGUGGCUGACUGUGAUGAUGUUCCUUCGCAUCACGAUCCUCCUGUUCGCCGGAUAUCCCCUCUACCAGGACGAGCAGGAGCGCUUCGUGUGCAACACCAUUCAGCCCGGCUGUUCCAACGUCUGUUACGACCUGUUCGCUCCCAUCUCUCUGUUCCGCUUCUGGCUCGUAGAGCUCAUCACCUUGUGUCUACCUUACGUCGUCUUCAUCAUCUAUGUGGUCCAUCAGGUCUCAUCGGGCCUCACGUUAGAGCCGGGUGCCUCGGGUCAAAUCGGCUCCGGCUCGCUGUACAGGAUCCGCCGGGGGUCGUUCGGGGAGACGUCUGUGAAGAAAACGGCUGAGAGGAGGAGGAGGACCCCGUGCUUCGCGGGAGCCUACAUCCUUCACCUCCAGUUCAGAAUACUGCUGGAGGCCGGGUUUGGGGCGGCCCAUUACUAUCUGUUCGGUUUCUACAUCCCCAGAAGGUUCCUGUGCCAGCAGCCACCGUGCACCACCCAGGUUGACUGCUACAUUUCCAGGCCCACCGAGAAGACGGUGAUGCUCAACUUCAUGCUGGGCGUUGGGGCGCUUUGCCUUUUCAUCAACGUGCUGGACCUCAUUUGUGCCGUCAAGCGAUCGGUGAGGCAGAAGAGCGAGAGGAAGGUGUUGGUGGAGAAGAUGUACGAGGAGGGGCAGUACUACAUUUCGGCAGGCGGCGCCAGCCGGGAGGUGGACACAAACACCCCACUGGUUCGGCAGGAUCUAGAGGAGGAGGCCGGCCGUGCGGGGAGCUUCCGGAGGAGGAAGGGCAGUAAGGGGUCAAGCGUAGGAGGAAAACUUGGCUUGAUUCAGGGGCCGCCGGGUCUGACUCGCUCUCCUCUCUCUUGCUCUCCGGCCUCUCUGCCCCCGGGACCCCCGCCUCCCAACACCGACGGGAACAACGGCUACUCCGCAGCCCAGGAGGAGGCCCUGGAGGUGGACGGCAGCGAGGUGGCUCUCUGCCCGCUGGAACCCACGGGGACGCCGAGAUCCAUCCGCGUCAGUAAACGCAGUCGGCUCAAACCGCCACCCCCGCCCAGACGGGAUUACGCGUUGCCGGUGGUGAGAUCGGCGGGACCAGUUGGCGAUGCUUCCUCAGCAACAUCGGUUUGCACGAGGCGGGUGGGUCAGUACACGCUGGUGGAGCUGAGUAGCGGCGCGGAACCGCAGGCCAACGACGAAGGCCAGGAGAAGAGGUCUGAGUGGGUGUGA